AUCUUCCAUCUCUCCUUCCAUCCUCUCAUCCUCUCAUCAGCGUUGUCCUAUUUCACUGUGGCCCUGUUUCCAGCCCUCGGCUGACCUCCGCAUGACGUCUGAUACCAACUUUUAAGCUCCCAACGAAUCCGUUCCCGACUGCGUCAUCCCAUGACAUGAACCUUGGCUGUGCCAAUCCCUGCUGUUCGCGGUUCGUCCUGGCAGACCCCCGCAAAAACGGGGACUAAACUCAAUUUUGCUCCGGUUGUGCGUUUCUGACUGGCGGGGUAUUUCUUAACUUGCAUUGUUCUUCCGUGCAUACUUCCGCUCGUGAUCCCGGAACUUCCGCCUUGUCGAUCCGUUUGUCGACCUUCAAAUGCUCCUGCCCGCUGCAACCAUCACUUUUGGCGCAUUUCCGGCUCACCAUUGACCCCUAUCCAUCCUUCACCUGGAUCUCAUCGGGGCCUAUGUUAUGGCACGCUCCCAUCCGCGCAUUUUAUCUUCCUGUAUCACCUUGAUACGCUGCUGACCCUCCCUUGCGACUGUCGGCCUUGCUUAUCAUUGCCAUCUGCACAAAGUGAUUUGUCUUGCUGCAACGCUGGCCUAUCUCCGUGCUUCCGCUCUGGAUCACUGCCAACUGUCACUAUUUAUUUGGGACUUCUAGACUUGAAAGCCUAUAGCCUAUUUAAGUUUGGCGGGUUUCUAACGCCUGGGUCUUCCCGACUUGACCUUUUCGGUUUCGUUUAAAUACACUCUCUGUUUCCCUCACCUUUCCACUGUUCGCUCGGCUGGCCCGUCCUUUUUCAUCAUGGAACUGAAGCUCUCAAGAAAAAGCUUGAGAAAGCGACGAUCCUUACCAUUUAUAUUUGGCCCCCAGGUAUGUGCUGCUAACUUUAAUGGUUCUUGUUUUCCUUUUGGCCCCGCAUGCUUUUUUUUUUUUUUUUGUUUCUCGGCCAACCGAAAUCAAAAUCUCACAUGUCGAAAAUAACCAUCAGAAAUCCAACAUCCCGUCUGAGGAACGCCAUCGAUACUAUGAUUUUGUAGAUACCCCGGGGCAUUUUCGACCUUCCUCCCCAUUGAUUGAACGCCAGCAACUGCCUCCUGAAUUAGAGGCUGACGUGCGAUACGCUUGCAAAUUACUUUUCCUCGCUAUUGAAAGGGGAAAGCCCGUGCGGGACUCAACCCAGUCGGAGAUCGCUCCUGCAAUACUAGUGACAGGGCAGGAUGGCCCUACAACUGAGACUACAGAGGAUGGCGGUCUUCUGCAGACUAAUAGUCUAACUCUGGAUGAAAUGCUAGGUGGUUCUUCUAAAAUAGAGGAUCACGACUCGGAUGUUGACCUCGAUGUUGAACAGCCCAACGAGGCAAAAAAGCAGUCUCCAAAUGGCGCACCAGCACGUGGUUCUGGCGUCGAUUUCACGAUUGAGGAUGCCAUUAAUGUCAUGAACAACUUGAAUCUUAUCCCUUCUGCGCUCUCUAGCGAGGAAACAUCCAGUCACCGUCAAUCUGCAGAGCGACCUCUGACCGUCACCGCGGAACCUUCAUUCGAUUGCAUGAGCAAACCCCGCAUGCCUUCUAUUGAAUUGAAUGACAAUGAGCCUCCGGUUAAUGGGCCGCACUCCACUGGCGAUGCUAGUCCCUUAUGUGGUCCUACCGAAGGGGAGGCCGACCUAGAUAGUGCCCAACUCAAGUCAAACACAAGUGCGACACUUUCUCCAUACAGAGUUCUUAGCCAUUCGCAGCCACGACCUUCUCUAUCGGUGCGCAGAAAAUUUUCUCGGAAGCUGCCGGCUUGGGACGAUGCUAGAACCGGCUUUGGUGUCGGCGGCUUCUCGUUGUCUCCGUCACAACCAUCGAGUCCCGAAAUGGAUGCUCCUCUAGGAUAUGAUAGGGAGAGGCCGCGUAGUGCAAUUGAGUUAGGCUCAUCUGGUCUCCACCAGCGACGCGGCAGUGCUGUGGUUAUAAACCCAGGCGGAAUCGUACACGUCAUGGGUACCGCAGAGAAGACGCAGCGGCAAUUCGAUUUACAACGCGCCGUCAUGGAAAAGAUGUAUACUGGCAUCAUCGGACCCAGUUCAACAAAAAUGCCAGUGGGCGAGAUGCCGGAAGACUUACAGCGGAGAAUCUAUCUGCAACGCACCGUCAUGGAAAAAAUGACCGGUAUCGUGAAUGUCGAUGCGGCUGGUUAUGCGACAUUGCCCAGGGCAUCGUCUGUUCGCAAUCCAUCCUCCCUGGGAUAUCAGCCAGGCACCUCUAUGCACCAGGGGAUCGCAUUUCCUCAACACAGGAGCCGUCAGCCGACCGCUGGUGGGACUUUCGUGGACUCCGCAUGGAGUCCAUCUGUUCCCCUUGGUCCCAGAGGCAGUGGCAAACAGAAACACAAACCCGGGUUUCGUGCCAGGUUGUCGGCCUUUGGACUUGGAAAGAGGAAGCAGAAUCAUUCUCACAACAACAGCAGCAUAAUGGGCUUUGAUCGGGCGCUGGCUGCCUAGGUACCUUCUCAAGGACUGCAUGAGCAGGUUAGCUAACAUAUGCGGUUCUCCUAUUCAUCCUUUUAUUUUCAUUUGUUCCAAUUCAGCGUGGGGGUUUCCGUGUUUAGGAAUUUUUUUUCAAGAGUUCGGGCAUAAUAUGAGAUAUCCACAAAUUUAUUGUUGAAUUUAUCUAUGCGACCAGGACUUGCAUUUGAAACAGAGAAAAUUCGAGGGCAAAAAGAUGCAUCUCAUCAAAACAAGCAUGAGGGACCCGGUGGAUAACUGGAUUAUGCAUACAUCAAUCUGUUUGUCUCGCAUGGUGCUUCGAUCCAUGGUAGACUUCUUUUUUCGGGUGCCGGUUUUUCAAAAGCAAGCAACAUUGGCAUGGCAAGCGGCACAUCUGUCUUCUCUUUUCUUUUCUUUCUUUUUUGUUGUCAUUUCGGAUUUUUCUCUGCUGUCUUUGCAUGUUGCCAUAUACCCAGUCGCUGCUUUGUAUGUGUAUAAGAUUGAACUAAAUGACUUGAAUGCAAUAAUAUGACGACCAGAUAAGG